GAGGAGGAAGAGGAGCAGCCCCAACCAACCCAACCCGCUCUGCCCGUGGAGGAGAAGAAGAAAAUUCCGGAUCCCGACAGCGACGACGUCUCGGAGGUGGACGCGCGGCACAUCAUCGAGAACGCCAAGCAGGACGUGGAUGAUGAGUAUGGGGUGUCUCAGGCGCUGGCACGGGGGCUCCAGUCCUACUACGCCGUGGCUCACGCCGUCACCGAGCGCGUGGACAAGCAGUCGGCCCUGAUGGUCAACGGUGUCCUCAAGCAGUACCAGAUCAAAGGCCUGGAAUGGUUGGUGUCCCUCUACAACAACAACCUCAACGGGAUCCUGGCCGACGAGAUGGGACUGGGCAAGACCAUCCAGACCAUCGCCCUCAUCACGUACCUCAUGGAGCACAAGAGGAUCAACGGCCCCUUCCUCAUCAUCGUCCCGCUCUCGACUUUGUCCAACUGGGCCUACGAGUUCGACAAGUGGGCUCCUUCCGUGGUCAAGGUCUCCUACAAGGGCUCUCCGGCGGCGCGCCGCGCUUUCGUCCCGCAGCUCCGGAGCGGAAAAUUCAACGUUCUCCUCACCACCUACGAGUACAUCAUCAAGGACAAGCACAUCCUGGCCAAGAUCCGCUGGAAGUACAUGAUCGUGGACGAAGGCCACCGCAUGAAGAACCACCACUGCAAGCUGACCCAGGUCCUCAACACCCACUACGUGGCCCCGCGACGGCUGCUCCUCACCGGGACCCCCCUCCAGAACAAACUCCCCGAGCUCUGGGCCCUCCUCAACUUCCUCCUCCCCACCAUCUUCAAGAGCUGCAGCACCUUCGAGCAGUGGUUCAACGCGCCCUUCGCCAUGACCGGGGAGAAGGUGGACCUGAACGAGGAGGAGACAAUCCUCAUCAUCCGCCGUCUCCACAAGGUGCUCCGGCCCUUCCUGCUCCGGCGCCUCAAGAAGGAGGUGGAGGCUCAGCUCCCAGAAAAGGUGGAGUACGUCAUCAAGUGCGACAUGUCGGCGCUGCAGCGCGUCCUCUACCGGCACAUGCAGGCCAAGGGUGUCCUCCUCACCGACGGCUCCGAGAAGGACAAGAAGGGGAAAGGUGGCACGAAGACGUUGAUGAACACCAUCAUGCAGCUGCGCAAGAUCUGCAACCACCCCUACAUGUUCCAGCACAUUGAGGAAUCCUUCUCGGAGCACUUGGGGUUCACGGGCGGGAUCGUGCAGGGGUUGGAUUUAUACCGUGCCUCCGGGAAGUUCGAGCUCCUGGACCGGAUCCUGCCCAAACUCCGGGCCACCAACCACAAGGUGCUGCUCUUCUGCCAGAUGACCUCCUUGAUGACCAUCAUGGAGGAUUAUUUUGCUUAUCGUGGCUUCAAAUACCUCAGGCUGGAUGGGACCACGAAGGCCGAGGACCGGGGGAUGUUGUUGAAGACGUUCAACGAGCCCGGCUCCGAGUAUUUCAUCUUCCUGCUGAGCACGCGGGCCGGCGGGUUGGGCCUCAACCUCCAGUCGGCCGACACCGUCAUCAUCUUCGACAGCGACUGGAACCCACACCAGGACCUCCAGGCCCAGGACCGGGCUCACCGCAUCGGGCAGCAGAACGAGGUCCGCGUCCUCCGCCUCUGCACCGUCAACAGCGUGGAGGAAAAAAUCUUGGCAGCAGCCAAAUACAAACUCAACGUGGACCAAAAAGUGAUCCAGGCGGGAAUGUUCGACCAGAAAUCCUCCAGCCACGAGCGCCGGGCCUUCCUUCAGGCCAUCCUCGAGCACGAGGAGCAGGAUGAGAGCAGACAGAGCGCGGGCAGUGGCAGCUUCCCCCACGCUGCCUCCUCCCUGUGCCUGGGCGCUGAGUCGGAGGAAGCACCUCUAAAGGUGAGCGGGGUCGUUCAGUCUCCACUGCCCAUUCAAUCCUCCCGCCAGCACCGCCCGGCACUGCCCCGCCAGCAGCUCAGGGAGGGCCAGGAGCCGCAGGGAAACGGGCUGGGAAGAGGCAGCAGUGAGGUCCAGGUGAUAAAUGUGAGGUUGGAAGGGCCUGAGAAGGCCAGAAAUGAGAUUGAAAUGGCCAAAA